UUCAAUAUUACUUAUAAUUAUUACUUUUCAUCAUCAUGAGUACCUGUACUGACUUGAUUCGUAUUGGAUACGUUAUUCUAUUUUGGUUCUUAAUAAAAAAUGUUGCGGCAUUAUCAGAUAGAGAAAAGUCAGUUAUUCAAAAAGAGUUAACAACAGUUGGUCUUCAAUGUAUACAGCAACAUCCCCUAUCAUUGUCUGAUAUCAGGUCCUUUAGGAACAAAAUGAUCCCUGAUGGGAAGAAACCAAAGUGUUUCGUAGCCUGCCUGUUCAAGAAAAUCGGAGUGAUGGAUGACAUGGGAAUGAUAUCACCAAUGAAAGCGCAGGAGAAUGCCAAAAAAGUCUUCAAAGACAACGAGGAACACAUUAAAAAUGUCAAUGAGAUUAUGGAGAAAUGUACUUCAGUGAACCAACAGAACACGAGUGAUGGAAACAAAGGAUGUGAUAGAGCUAAGUUAGCUUUCAAUUGUUUCACAGAUAAUGCUGACAAAUAUGGAUUCGACUUUGAUUUCUGAUGAGUCAUCGUUAUCAGCAG